AUGCACCGAUCUACCAGUGUGCAGCCUUGUAUGCACAGUUUCUGCAGCUCGUGUUUGGGCGGAUGGCUGAAGCGGCCUGGUGACCGCAUCCCCAGGUGUCCAAUUUGCCGACAAGGAGUCGCGGGUGUCGGCAAGAAUCACGCGCUCGACAGCAUGAUAGAGGGGCUCCUGAAGGUGCAUCCUGAUAGACAGCGCUCCAUCGCAGCGAUAUCGGAUUUGGAUAGCCGCGAUCCGCUGCAUGAUUGCGGGUACGACUUGGUGAAGCUUCGUGGGCCAGGCGACGUCGCUGCAGGCUUUGCUCGGGUAGUGGUGGCAGCAGCUGCUGCUGCGGAAGGGAUGGACGCGGACGACGGUUCAGAUUCGGAGCACGACGGUGGCUCCUACUCAGACGAUGAGAAUGAGGAGGAAGCCCGUCCUUGGCAUGCUUGGACUGCGCCAGGUGCCGUGCGACCUCCUUGCGUUAAUUGUGGAACCCCUGCAUGGCAGCCUCUGCGUGCAGCAGUUGAUCGUUGCGUGUCAGCACCAGUACCUGCCGCAGCUCUCAUGAAGUCAGCGCUGGCGAGCAAUAGCUUUGAGCAAGAGAUCCUGCAGGAAUGGCUCCACAGCAAAGGGCUGAGCCUUCAGCAGGCAGACCGUGUCUGCAUCACAAACUCCAGCUUGCUCGUGCGUGCUUAUGCAUGCAUCUGUAUCUAUCUGCAUCUCUCCACUCUUCAAAGCUGA